AUGGAAGAACAGCUCAGAUUCCAAAAAGGUCACAUCCAAAGUGACAUAGGUACGUCGGGUAUGAGAGUGAUAGCAGCAGUAGACUUUCUGAUGAGCAUAAUCCAUAAAAACACAACGAAGCACAUAGGAAUCAAGUUUGCUACGUUGAUUUUUGUGGAGAUGAACGAAAGCCACACAUGCAAAGAUUCGAUGUGUGACUACCAAAACAGAUGGCAGAUGUUUGUGUUGCGCAAGCACUUGUAA